AGAAGAAGAUGAAGAAGCGGAACAGGAAAUGGAACCAGAGCAGCUGUGACGUAUGAGAGCAGAGUGAGAGGGAAAUCUGAAAACAUAGGUCCGCUCGUUUGAAACGUGAGAACAGAAGCCGUGGAAGUGCUCAACAAACUGAGGAAGGUGUAAAAAAUGCAGAAGACGUCCCGUUUGAAGCGUGAACUUCAGAUGCUGAGCAAUGAGCCACCUCCUGGAAUAACCUGCUGGCAGACGGAGGAGCGGAUGGACGACCUCCGGGCACAGAUAGUUGGUGGAACAGAAACUCCUUAUGAAGGUGGACUCUUCACUUUGGAGAUCAAGGUCCCGGAGAGGUACCCGUUUGAGCCUCCCAAAAUACGAUUCCUGACCCCCAUCUACCAUCCAAAUAUUGACAAUUCCGGACGUAUCUGCCACGAUGCUCUCAAACUCCCACCAAAGGGUGCCUGGAGGCCGUCCUUAAACAUCUCCACAGUCCUCUCCUCCAUUCAGCUGCUCAUGGCUGAGCCCAAUCCAGACGACCCGCUCAUGGCCGAUAUAUCAUCAGAGUUCAAAUACAACAAACAGCUGUUCAUGGAGACGGCCAGGAAGUGGACAAAGCAACAUGCCGUUCAGAAAAACACGGAAGUUCAGGAGAGAAACAAAGAAAAUACUCCCGAUCAGAACGCUUCAUCCCGCAAAAGACAUCCGCUCGGUGCACAACAGGAGGGAGCGGAGUCCGCAAAGAAAACCUGUGUGUAGUUUCGACCUCACAGGUCCAGAGCCAACAUGCAUAUUACUCCUGUACUACUUGUGAAUAACUAUUUAAAAUGUUUUAUUAAGUGCUGAUACCUACUUCUUAAUUCAGAAAUGUGUUUAUUUUUUAUGUUGGUGUGUGUUAUUAAAGUUUAUAUCAAACUAAUUGAAUUGAUGGAUUUUCUUAAAUAUGUUAGACACCAGACCAUGUCUCCUAUUGUGAUAGUGCUUCAUGCAUAAGCAGAGUGGUUCAGUAAGAAGUGUAUAUACAGUAUGAAGAUAAUAAUUUUAUUCAAACAUAUGCUGACCAAUUGUAUACAAAGUAUGUACAUCCUAAAUAGCAAGACCUUUCUUUACGAACUAAGCAUUUAUUUCUUAACAUAUAAAAUCAUAUAUUUGCUGUUUAUCGUAUAAAAAGAAAGACAAACAUCAUAAGGCUGUAUUGAGUCAAUAGCAUGCUAGUUCAGAGGUAGUUACAUUGUAUGUACAUAUUGCUAGCCUGCUCUAUUGUCUGUAGAAAGAUAGCUACAUCCCAUUCAGUCUGUAUGACUGCCUGCCUCCUGUUGGGCAGAGUUGCAUAUCUGAGAUAAAAUCCUGUAAACCAUGUAAAA